AUGGACUCCUCACCCUACACACAUUCUUCCUCGAAUUCAGAGGUCGAUAACCUCUCUGAUUCUGACUGGCUUGAAAUAUCAAGCAACACUGGCUCUUCCACGGACAACGAUGACUCGGAGAGCGAUCUCGAUCGCGACGACGAGCUGAGCUCGAUGCCACUGUCCCGUAGAUCCUCCAUGAGCUUGGGGAGCUCUCGCGAUGGCGAAGUAGAUGCUUGGGAGGGAUUUGUGGAUGAUGCAGGUCGUAUCCAGACACCCUCAGUCCUUGGAGUCCUUGCAGCGCCCAUCGACGGAGAACUUGCGGCGCCAGUGGAAGAGGCUAGUGUUGACAGGGGACAGGAAGACGACGAAGACCUACGAGUCAAGGCAGCCCUCGAUCAAAGUAUGGUUAGCACACUUAGUGCGUCUCGUACAAGUUCUAGCGCACUCCACGCCUCGACAAGCACUGCCCACAAUUCGUUCAACGAUCUAAGACUUUCGUUCCCAGAUCCCCUUACUAGUUCGCGCGACGAACUCGUGCGGUCCUACGGAGACGUCCUCGAAGAAGAGGACUCUCGUGCGGUUACCGACGCUAAACCCGAUAUCGUUGCGGAGUCAGAAGAAGCGGUACAACCCACUCUCUCGGAGAAACAAAUCAUCGGCCGUCCAGAAGUGGUCACCAGUACACAGUCUAUACUCGACAGGCUAAACAACACCAAGUUCGAAAUUGUUCUUUACGGCAAUUCCUCCGAUAUCAAACUGUCCUUCGUCGAGACUCUGUUGCAGAAGAUUGCCGCCGGCGGUAGCUGGAUCUCCCUGGCUUAUAAAGACGACCGUGCUAGCAGAUGGUUCCCCGUCGAAGAGUUCACUGGCGACAAGUAUGAGCAUACCAGCUGGAUUCGCGUACACGACCUCACGGGCGACGUCACAAGCCCGACUACAUUUAGCGGACAUCAUCCCUCUUUAGCUAUCGUUUAUCUUCCGUCUCUUAUUCCGCCUGAGCUUUCAAGGCACACUCUUUAUCUCCCAGUUUUUGUUCCGUUCCCGUCCUUGACAGAUCCGGUUGGAUCAGGCGAACUUGCCCGCCGAGCUGCACAGGAUAAUUGGGAUUUAUUGGAUAUCCCCACCAGUAAAGUCCUUCGGCUCAAAGGGAAGAAUAGUAGCAUCCUGUUCGACAGCGAUGAUAUUCAUGAUGCCGAACCACGACAAGUCUAUCUUGCGUUACAGCAGUUGGUUAAGAAACCUCUAUCGAGUGGCUUUUCUGUGGCAUUAAUCACGAUCCUAUCUUUGAUAUUGGGUGUCAUCGUACACUCUGUAUUUCGCACUUCGGCGCCGACACCGACUAUUCCUACCCACUUGGUAGUCCGACCAACUGGGCAUCUUACUAUCCAGACUACGAAUAGUCCUGUAGGCGUAACUCGAGCUAUCGCCACCAAUCACAGUACUGCUAUCAUCUCGUCUCCCAUCAAAGACUUUGCGGUCGCAGUCGUCCAUCCAGCAUCUACUUCUUUGUCUGUCCGCCGGGUCGCUACUACCAGCAAACUCUUCAAGCCUGCGGGAAAGUGCAGCCAGUCUUCCACCACUGGUAUUGCGAUCCGCGAUGCUGCUGAGGUGAUGGUCCGUCCCUCUUCGGCAAUCGCGCCCGUUGCGUCGACUUCGGCUCUUGCGGUGGUUACACCGCUUCCUGGCCCAUCUCAGCCUAGUGUAGCUCCUUCAGCCGCCAAAUUUGUGACCACAACGGUUGCUUCUUCGCCUUCGGCUCUCAGCAUCCGGCUGGCGACGACGUUAGCUACUAUCUACGGAGAUGCUGCGAGGGCCGUCGUUCAAGCCGUCAGUCAGGAUGUGAAGGAGUUGAUGGAUGCGUUGGAUGCGCUACUCCAGGCCAUAGGCGACCAGACUUCCGUUUUAGUGAAGAAGUCCAAGGGCAAGGCGUCGGUCCUCAGGGAACAGCUGAACUACCGCAACAAACGUGCAAAGAUGAAGGCAAGAGAGUUGAAGGAUAUAGGAGAUCGAUUCGUGUCCUAUGCAGGCGAGCGGUUGAAAGAGAGAGCGAGCAGGGCGAAGAAGAGAGCUUCUCAGCUGCGCGAGUCCUGGGCGAAGUCGGAACCCAUACAGGCAUGUUGGAAGGCUCACGAAGGGACAACGGGGAGGAUUGUCAAGGAACUGUCGAAACACUCAAACUCGCUUAAGGCGGUGGCGAAGGCGCACGCGGCAUCUCACGAGAAGAUAGUGAAAGACAUAGCUGAUAGGACAAAGCAGCGUAAGCGUAAGGCGAGAGGCUUGAAGAGAGCGACCUCGGUUUAA